AUGUUCAAGCUCGCCGCUGUCGCAUUUGCCUUAUUUGCUUCUUGUGAUGCCUUUGGAUUCGGUUUAGGAGGAGGUGGUGGAGGCGGUUGUUGCCCACCACCACCAUGCUGUCCACCACCAGUAUCAUCAUGCGGAGGAGGAUGUCCUCCACCACUACCAUGUGGAGGCGGAGGUGGCGGAUGCGGUGGAGGAGGCGGUGGUGGCUAUGCCGCUCCCCUACCAGUCUAUGCUCCUCCUCCUCCUCCAUCAUACCCAUCAGGUGGCUACGCAACAGGCGGUAGCUACUCAUCAGGAGGUGGCUACUCAUCAGGAGGCGGUGGCUACUCAUCAGGAGGUGGCGGCUACUCAUCAGGCGGCGGCUACUCAUCAGGUGGUGGCUCAUCUGGUGGCUACGCUGGAUCCAACGGUGGUGGUUACGCAUCAUCAGGAGGCGGCUACGCUGUUGGAAAGUAG